AUGAAGAACACUUACAACCAACAACUACGCGAUAUCAUGCAACCUCAUCCUCACGAUGUGCUCUGCGGACGAGGAGCCGGUGUGCUCAAGCACAUUGGAAAUCUGCGAUGGAGGGAGUUGAUUAAGGACAAGCAGGAAGAGUAUGUUUCCCUAAAGAAACACGAGAAGAUGUACUUGACCGAGAGCAUUGUCUUCGCCGUCCGCAACCUUUCUCCUCCUGGUCGCUUCUUGCAAAAGGAUGGCCGAGGCCGCUGGUUCGAGAUUGGUGACCAGAAAGCCAAUGAGAAGACCGCUCAGGCCCUUCGCGAAGGAGCUCCUAAACUCCGCAAAAAGCUCCAACAACAAGACAAAAAACUCAUGAAGCGUAGCAUCUCGGUCAACCCUCUUCCUUCCAAGCCUCUCAACACCAAGCCUCAACGAUCGCGCAGCUGGCCUACUAUCCAGACUCCUGUUUUCGCCCAACAUCAGUCUUUCCUCUCUUCCGAAAACAAUUUCUUCAACCUCCAACAGCAGCCUUUUGCUAUGCAUCAGCAGCAGCCAUUCCCCACCAACAUGAGCAACUGCUCUGAUCCAGCGAUCCGACGCAUCAGUUGGACCCAACAAGAAAGCUGCUACGACGCAGAACCGCUCCAACUUCCUGCCGACGGCGACGAUGUCAAGAUCCAAUUUGAUGAACAGGAAACCACGCAUCUAGAAGCAUGCUUGGGAAUGAACAAGUUCCAUCCAAUUGAUAACGCUGACGAUGAGGAUAUCUUCUCCGUCACUGAAGAGUUUCCUCCAGCCAAGGCUGAGGCUGGUAGCCCCAGAGUACCCCAAAAGGUUUCCUCCAACGCUCUCACGGACCUUUUGGAAAAGCAACGCCUACUCUUUGAAAGUUUCGUCGCUAAUGACUUCGAACUUUGA